GGCUAGACUUGAGGAGGAGUAUGCGCGAGACUCGGAGCGAUAUAUAUUGUAGGAUUUAUUAUAUGUUAUUUUGUUAAGCAUGUAUUAAUUAUAGGUAUAAGUAGAGUGUUCGUGGAUGGUGGGGAGGCGUGAAAACCCGCGCUUAGUCAGCUCUAAACUGACGCCGGGGCGUCAGUGUAUUGGGACCCGCUCAUGCCCCCGCCCACUAAUCAUGCCGCUUAAACCUCGGGACUUUACCCCACCUCCAACCACGCGAGCUAUGCUCCACCUGGAACAGGCCGAUAUUUACCCUCCAGGUUCAAGGCUCAGCCUCGUCCCCCGGAUUGGUUCUAAACAAAGAGCAUCAACGUUGAGUAAGACGCUACAUCCAAGCUCUCGAAGUAUCUUCUGAAAUUCUAUUUGAUACCGCUUUGGGCAGGUCAUGGGAAUGCGUACCUAAGUAUCUCUGAGCUCCGUAUGCAAGAUGUCUGAGCAAGGAAACAGUACCGCGGCAUCCUCAGAUGAUCGACGCCGAACACGCGACCCAAAUGCGCCUCUGCAAUCACUUUCCCCAUACCUUUUGUUCACCAAGGAUGAGUAUGAAAAGGUUGAGCAAGAGAUUCCGGGUCUGACUUUUAGUAUGAUAUUGAAAUCUUAUUCUGAGAACAUGAGUUAAUCUUGGAUUUCUAGCUCAACGAUCCAAAGUCUUUCAAGACCGCUGGAAAGCACUCACCGAUGACCAACGAGCUGUUUACGAGGAGAGAGCUAUAAUAGAGAAAAGAAGAUAUGAGGAGGAGAAAGAAUGUUGGGAUGCAGUAGAAGGGGUGGACUGUUCAGGAGAAUCCUCUUCGGAUGAGGAAACAGUCUCGAAGCAGGCAUCACGAUCAACCCCUUUUAAUAAACGACCUUCGAUCCUGAACAAUGGUGGAAUAGGACACAUACCCGCCACCCACGAUCAAGGUCCUGAUCUGUUCGAACGAUUGCCCGUGGAAAUGACAGUAGCUCUCGACCUCUGGGAGCAGAAAUUUAAACCCAGCCAUGUACGAUCCCUUGCCGGAAUCGCCCUUCGAGCCGGUUUACUGGGGGGCUCACUCUUCAGUUCCACCAUUCUCACCAUCUACCUCCUAUCGCACUCCAACCCACUCUGGCGCGCCCCAUUCUUCAUCGCAAACCUCUCCCUCUUCCACUUCCUCGAGUUCUACACCACAGCAUUCGUAAACACCGCCAACGCAGACCUCUCCUCCUUCCUCCUCUCCUCCAACGGCGUCGCAUACAACAUCGCCCACACAGGCGCCCUAACCGAAUGCCUACUAACCCAUUACCUCCACCCCACGCCCCUCUUCCCACGGAUCAUCCACAACAUCCUCCUCUUCGGCGGUCUAACAUUCAUCCUCGUCGGGCAGAUAAUCCGCAGCACCGCCAUCAUACAAGCCGGCCCCUCAUUCUCGCACAUCGUUGCGCAGCGCAAGAAAAGCACCCACGUUCUCAUCACACAGGGGAUCUACUCGCUCCUACGCCACCCCAGUUACUUUGGUUUCUUCUGGUGGGGAAUAGGCACACAGCUUAUGCUAGGAAAUGCAGUUUGCUUUCUGGGAUACUCGGUGGUGUUGUGGAGGUUCUUUGAUAGGAGGAUUUAUGGGGAGGAGUUGUUUUUGGUGAACUUCUUUGGGAGGGAGUAUACUGAGUAUCGCGCGAGGACGCCGACGGGGAUUCCGUUUAUUAGAUGAUGGAGAAGGGGGUGUGAUUGAGUUGUAGUUGUGUUGUUGUAGGUAAUAACGUAACUGGAGUUUGGA